UUUUUACCUAUCUCAUCCGAGGAGCCAGGCCGGAAAACGUACGAUAGGUUCAUGAUAUAAAUAAAAAAUACUUACAUCCUUGCAAAGCUUAAAUACGUUACAUCGUCAUAUCAAAAAACUAUUAUACGAAUAAUGAGAAUAAAAGUGCAAGCACAAGACGUCGCAUUAAUUUCUUAUUUUGAAUUUUGAAAAAAAUAUUGGACCAUCUUGUUAUUUUGUUGUCUCUGGUGGGCUCAGAUUCAUUCCAUAAAAAAAGUGUAAUUUUAAGUCUUAACAUAAGAUAUUCCACAUCGAUGACGGUUGCGAUUAAUGUUGCUUUUUUAAAUAUAUGUUCAAAACAUCAAAAUCCAAAGAAAUGCGCUCAAAGCACAGGUAGGUAUUACUUCCAAUUUAAUAAUAACACAUUUAACGCUACUCUUGGCUUGCGUAUUGAAAUGUUGAUGCUGAUGCUUAGAAAGUAGUUGAAGUCAGCAUGGAAUUCUAAUAAUUAAAAAAAAAACCAAAACAAUCUGAACUAUGAUUAUAGGCAAAAUUAAAAAAAAGGAAAGUUAUAACAUAGCUGCUAUCACUUACAUGAGCACAAAUAAAAUGACAUGUUCAUGUGUAUAAGAAAAAAUAAGUUCAGCAUUUGAAUAAAUUGUAAGCUUUCUGCGCAAUAAGGAAAGCUUAAAGUAGUUAAAGAGAAAAAACACAAAAAUUAAGAAAGAGAAGUUAGAAGAUUGUCUUUUAAAGUUUAUGAAAACACAUUGUUUAAACAAAUUAUGCGGUUGUAUUUCAGUCGUCUAUGUAUUUUCAGUAUUCAAUAAAUUUAGCUGAUGAAGCGCGUGACAAUCAUGCACAGCAAAUUGAACGCGCCGAAAUAGCAAAUCUAGUGCGCAGUCGUAUGGAGUCAUUGAAUUUGCCUACUAUAGAUUACGAUGACGUCAGUGAAAAGCGUAAUCAUCUCUCUUAUGUAAUAAUCAAUCCAAGCUGUGAUCUUAAAUUAGAAGAAGGCGAUAUCAUUUAUUUAGUGCGUCCUUCACCUUUCUCGGCUCAGAAAACUUUUGAACGUCAUAACUCUCGGCGCAAAUCCAACAUAUCAUUUUGUUCAAACAUUAAUUUAAGUGCUGCCUGUGGUGCCGCAGGAAUAUCGGUCGCUGCUGCAGCUGCGGGUGCCGGUUCAAGGCGCGGCUCUGGCCUAGGUGGUCUCAGUCCAAUGCAAAUUCAGAGCAUACAAACAUUGGCCGGUCCCACCCUUGUUGGCGCGCAGCGUAGUCGGAGUAAUUCAUUACGGAUUGAAAAUGACAUCCUUUUGAGACGUUCGACAUCGUUACGUCAAGGCUUACCGAACGUAGGUGUUAGCCAUGGUCGCAGAAAAUCUUCUUUAGAAGAAAUUGGCAUCAGCCACUUUACCACUUUAAUGCAGGCCACUAACCAUACAAACCCCAUAAAAAUUGCGCUAAACGGUAGUAUCGGUUUAGAGAACCAGAUUUCCUUACAAAUAACACCGCCCGAAGAGCCCACAGCUAUUCUUGGCGUACCUUCUGUAGUUCCCAGUAGUGGCCAAAUCGAUGGUAUCAACCCGUCUAGUACGGGCUCAUCGUUAGCAGGCAAUGCACCCGACUUGGGUAAUUCGGCAAACGGCAAUGCUAACAACUCUAAGAACAACAAUAGCAGUAAUUUAGCUUUACAAAUACCGCAAGAU